CUUGGGCGCAGCCCGGCCUCGCGUCACAUGAUCGGGCUGCCGGGUUUCAGGUACCGAUCUGUCGGUCUGGGGGCGAGGAUGGCGUCGCUCUCGCUGCUGUUUGUGUUUCUGUCCGGGCUCGGCUUGGAGCUGGCACUCGGAGGGAGGAACAUGUGGCUGAUGAAGCAGAAGGUUCUGGAGUCCCGGGAGCAGAGAGCCCAGAAGUACCUGCUGGAGAGGUGGAAGUCCUUCGUAGCCGUGGGCAGCGGUGACCGUCUGGUGCCCAGCGAGGAGUUCUUCCAGCAGCCGCUAGAUCACUUCAACAGGCGGAAUAAUGCCACUUACAAGCAGAGAUACUGGGUGAACACUGAGCUGUGGGAGCCAAAAGAGGGUCCGGUGUUCCUGUAUAUCGGUGGCGAGGGGGCCCUGACAGUCUUCUCUGUAUUAGCAGGCGAGCACGUGGAGCUGGCGCGCAAGUACCGGGCGCUGCUGGUCUCGGCGGAGCACCGAUUCUACGGAGCCAGCAUCAACCCGGACGGACUGGCCGAGCAGAACCUCCAGUUCCUGAGCAGUCAGCAGGCGCUGGCUGACCUGGCCACCCUCCAUGCCUUCAUUUCGCAGAGGUACAAUCUGACAAGACGCAACACUUGGAUCUGCUUUGGGGGCUCCUAUCCGGGCUCGCUCUCCGCGUGGUUCCGACUGAAGUUCCCUCACCUGGUUUAUGCUGCUAUUGCCUCGUCUGCUCCUGUCCGGGCCCAGCUGGACUUCACCUCCUACAACAAGGUGGUGUCUCAGAGUCUGUCUAACCCGGUGGUCGGAGGCUCUCUGAAGUGCCGGCACGCUGUGGCUCAGGCCUUCUCCCAGCUGGACCGCGCCCUGACGCAGGGCGAGGCGGCGAGGCUGCAGUCUGACUUCCAGUCCUGCCAGAGGCUGGACGGCACCGGCGACUUCUACGAGCUGGCCAGCAACCUGGCCGACAUCGUCAUGGGGAUGGUCCAGUACAACCGGGAGCAGUCGGGCUUCGACAUCGGCGGCCUGUGUCAUGUGAUGACCCACGAGGCGCUGGGCUCGCCCUACCACAGGCUGGUGGCGCUUAACCAGGUCUACCUGAAGCUGAUGGCUCAGAACUGCACGGACAACUCUCACCAGAAGGCUCUGGAGCUUCUGCGCAGCACCGUGGUGAAGCCCUUUGGCGGUGGGGAGAGGCAGUGGUACUACCAGACCUGCUCCGAGUUCGGCUACUACCAAACCUGCGAGGACAAAAGCUGCCCCCUCUCCCGCUGGCUGACGCUGCCGUCUCAGGUGGACAUCUGUGCCCAGGUGUUUGGCAUCGCUGCCAGCAGUGUGCAGGGCGCAGUCUCCUUCACCAACGAGUACUACGGAGCUGACAAGCCCAAGUCCAGCCGUAUUGUAUUUGUCAACGGUGACAUCGACCCCUGGCACGCUUUGAGCGUUCUGAAGAACCAGUCUCACUCGGAGCUGGCGGUCCUCAUCAACGGCACUGCUCACUGCGCCAACAUGCACCCCCCCAAACAGGACGACCCUCUCUCCCUGCAGCAGGCCCGAAAGAGAAUCGAUGAUCAAAUCGGAGUGUGGUUGGCCAGUAGUCGCUCGAAUCCGUGGUAACCGGGACCCAGGAUGCUUUUCACGAGGAGGGAGGUCAUCCUAUCCUCCACGUCAGACUGUUCGGGAGUCUAACUUCAGAAAUCAUAGGAUCCUGUUCUACAGAUCUAAGCUACCUGGUGCCCCUGCACUCCGUCCAUACCUCAUCCAACACACCCAGCAGCUGACCAUUCAAGGACUUUUUCGUGAGUUUUGCCCCAAAGUGCUUUGUUUGGGCUGUGUCCAGUGGAACGACCACCACUGCCCCCUACUGGUGACUGUCUCCAGGUGCAGGCACCAACCCGGAUCACCGUUAUCCAGUUACAACACACCAAAACGUUUUUUAAAAAGACUAUUUUUUACAAACUGCAUCACAGCUUCAAAGGCUGUAAAAAAUUUUUAAAUGAAGAUGUGAUUAAAACUGAAUUGUUUGUAAUUAUUUAAAUAAAGCAUUUCCUUGGUAACCA